CCAGAUUCUGGGCAUUCUGGGCAUUCUGGGAACUGAACUUCAACGGUUCAACCUACCUACGAGUCUACGGUCUACCAGUUGAAAAAUAAAUAAAUUUUCUUAUUUCAUUUGAAGUUAUUUGUAUAUCACGAACCAUGAUAUCUCGAUUUGUUGCCAAGUUAUGCAUAUUCUCCAUAAUUGCUGCAGCAAUCUUCACGACAAGCAGACACCUUUACCACCACCACCACCACCCUGCACCUUUAUGGCAGCAAUCUACGCCAAUGCCCGAUUAUCCCAAGAAGAUAUGGCAGACGUGGAAACAACCAUUUCUAUCCCUGGAAACAACCGAACACGAAAACGUUCAGCAGUGGAGAGAUCUCAACCCGGAAUUUGAACACCACCUAUUGACCGACGAAGACGUGGCCGAAUAUAUAUCAGCCAAUUUCAAGGAGUUUCCAGUGUGGCAAGAAAAUUUCGGACAAUUACAGGAUAAUAUCCUUCGUGCAGACCUCUUCAGAUAUAUGGUCUUGUUCAUGGAGGGCGGCGUGUAUAGCGACAUUGACACAAAAGUCCUGAAAGAAGUUGACAACUGGAUACCAUCAGCUUUCAAGUCCACUUCAAACAUUGCCAUCGGGAUCGAAAUGGACCAGCCUGAAGGGAAGGUGUGGCCGGGAACGUCUCGGUUUCAGUUAUGCCAGUGGACAAUGAUGGCCAAGCCAAAGCAUUGGCUGCUCUGGUCUCUUAUUGAAGGAAUCUUUAAACGACUGCGAGUAUUGUCAGAGGAGCAACAGGUCCACAUUUCAGCCGUGAGUUUGUCCUCUGCACAGGUGAUCAACAUCACUGGCCCUGCUGCUGUCACGGCUGAAGUAUUCCGAUACCUAACGCACCACUUGCAACGAGAUGUCACUGGCGCUGAUAUGACAAGGCAUGCCGGACCACAGCUGUUACAUGAUGUACUGAUCCUGCCGGUGAAUGCGUUUGGUUCUGGACAGCCCCACUCCGACAGUGGCGAACCAAGUGAUGAUACGGCGCUUGUUCAGCAUCUAUUCAAGGGCAUCUGGAAAGAAAAUCAUAUUCAUGAAUCUAUAUAGCCUGUACUGUAUUGAUAUUUAGGAAUAUGCCAGAUGGUGUAUAAAUAAAAAGGGAAUAUAACUAGAAGCCGAUUAAGAAAUGAAAAAUGUCAAAGUCACCAUGGCAAAAAGUGAUUGACCUGUGGGGUUCAGAAAGAUAGAAGGGCGAGAGAGCUGUGUGACUGUGUCGGAGUCAAAACAAUGCCAGGCAAGGGUGUACCGUGUUUAUAUAAUAGCAAGGGUGGCACCAUGGCCAAAGGGCUCCAGCAGUACGCAUUCGAUCUCGUCCUCGAAGGGACAUGCGGGCAACAUCGCCGGAGCAGUAUAGACAUUGUGCGAUGCAUCAAAACUAAGGAAAGUAUUACACUUCUGAUGAAACGUCCAGGGUACUCUACAGCACUUGUUUAAUCACAGUCACGGAAUCACGGAAUCACAGAAUCACCGUCACCACAAGAUACAAGAAAUCCAUGGAUAUAUCCGAUAGAAAAUCCCACU